UAUAGUCCGUAUAGUCGUGGGAUAAAUGAAAUAGAUCUCGGUGGAAGUUCGCUUCAUCAGCUGUCUCGAUUGAAUGAAUCUCUCCUCCAGCCAUGGUAGAUCUUCAAUUUGCCUUCUAUCUUUAUCCGGAUCCGACAGAAUGUUCUUCCUCUAGCCGACCCACACCCCAAAAGCGUAGGGGAGGCACAGCCCCAACCUUUGGAGUGGUUACAUCCAGUAUGUCCCCCCUUAUUCCCGACAUGCUGCCCCCCGGCCGGAAUGUGGUAGGGUCUUCAAGCCCCACGCUCGAUUCUCGAAAUGAAUGGGCCGUCUCGCGAAGAUCUUCGAUCCGAACCUGAGCAUCUAUUCUCCUCUUAGAGUAUGAACCACGCCUUCGCUAUCGCAAGAAUAUAGCGAGAGAAGAGCUAUCGCUCAGCUGCUUCGCGUAUUACGAAAGCCGUAUUGCCCGAAGGGCAGCGGCAGCAGUGUGGUUCCAGGUGCCGUCGCGUCAUUGAGAUCUGCAGGGUGGCGGGGACUUCGACUGCCUUGUAUCAGGUGAAGAGAAGGAGGUGGUAGGCUUAGUAGGCUACAAUAUCACCGUUAUGAGCGGUACGUUUCAACCAAUUAAACUAUAAGCCUCCUAUCUCUCUACAUGCAAUUCGCUCACUUCGGGAAGAGCGGACGGAAAGAGGAGGUCUUUGUUCUAUCUGCUUCUUUCUUUUCCUAGGAAUGCAGAAUUGGAAAAAAGAAGCAAAUUGGAUAUAUUUUCUUUUUUUUGUUUUAUAGUUAUAGAUGGGAAUUAUAUAUAUAAUUAAGUUAAGCUAAGCAAGCGGCCCUUUCGCGACUCAAACUGCCGGUCCGCUUUCCGGCUCGGCUCAAACGAGCGGGGGUUAGAUAGAAGCUUGCAAUGCCGGCUGUUCGCCUUUAGUUAGAAAUAGAAGUAGAGGGCUAGCCAGCCCCACCAGACCAGAAAAGUAUGAGUAUGAAUGAAGGAAAUAAGAAAUAAAAACUUGGUUACCGGAACCGAAGGUUAGGCCGACUACUUUAGUAAGUAUAACUAGACUGAAAAAGUUUAUUCCUACCCCUUAACUAUUCUGUCAAUGUUGCCAAUUCCCAGAAUACUAAUGUACCCUCAUGUAUACAGUUGCCCAACUACUUUCUUUCUCCGACUUCUUUAGCCACUUCCGCAUCUGUCGUAUUCUGGAGAGCCUGCUGAGUAAGGACCAUUUAGCAAUGCCAGCAGUGAGGCUGUCUGGGGACAGGUUAAGGCAGGGCCCGCAGGGCUUGCUUCUCAUGAGAUUUUGUGAGGUAAUCGGAAAGGAGUUCAUAAACUGGGCUAAGGGCUUUUAGGCAUACAGAAAAGGAUAAGUGGAUGGAGGGUGCUUCUCAGCUAGAGUUGGGGGUGGAAUCGUAUUAUCUUAUAAUAGGAGCACGCCCGCUUUUAGCUCUUUCACUCUUUUUCUUUUGCCUUUCCUUCUAUUAUAUUAGUAAACGGUCUCAUCUUUUUCAAGAAAGAUGUACAGUGGCGGUCUUCUCGUUAAUCUUCAGAGGGGAGCUAGUCACUUGGGGCGACCGACCGAGACUCUUUCUUAUUUUUUAGUAGUAGUGUUGAACCUGGAGGAGUGGUUUGAUCAUUUUGUUUGAUUUGAGGCGGGCUUGCUUGCUCUCAUCUAAGAGAAAGGGUGUCCCAAAGGGCUUUCUCUUAGAUGAGAGUUUAAGUAACUCAGCGCUUCAAAAACAAGAGUCACGCUCUUUAAACGCCCUAAGAAAUAGACUGAAGUCAUUCCGAUAAGGCUUUUAUUUUAUUCGGUAUACCGCUCCGCGAACAGAGCGAAUGAACGAAAAUCCAACUUAUGUUUCCACUUAAUUUUCAUUACGAAGAUGUAUCACGUCAGGAUCCGUUGCUCAAACCGAAUCACGCCAACGUUAUGGAAGUUCCUGGAUUGUGUAAAAUAAGAGUAGUACCAAAAGCAGCACCUGAAGCUUUAAUAAUAAAAAAUGGAAAAUUGGCUAUGGAGAUUCCGCGCAGUAUGAAAUUAAUACAGACACAAAGAGCUUCGACAGGAAAGUCGUUUCGAUCCAAUCCAUUCUUGGGGUCAAAUAAAGACAAAGGAUAUGUCAGUGACCUAGCACGACAAAGCACUCUCCGAGGGCAUGGAAUGUCUCAUUUUUUGGUCAGAAUCUCCACAGUAAUGUCUCUGUUAGAUUCUCCGAUCGAAAUACAGAUAAACUCCAUUCAAUUCUUGAUGGAAACGGAGUUUUGCGAAUUCUCCCCGGAACUGGAAGAUCAUUUCGAGAUCUUCGAACAUAUUCGAAGAUUCAAUGUGACUAUUGUCACUUCGGCCAACACACAAGAUGAGACUUUACCACCGUGGAGCGGCUUUUUUCAAAAAGAUGAAGGGGAAACUCAGUAAGAUGUCGGAGAAGCGAAAUAUACGAGAUCACAAACGUAGAUUGCUUGCGGCUAAAUAUGAAUGGAGACGAAAGCUGUAUAAAGCCGUAAAGAUCUCGAUCUUCCUAGUGAUAUGCGGGACAAACAUCGUUAUAAGUUGUCCAAGUUGCCAAGAAAGAGUUCCUUUGCACGAGUAAAAAACCGAUGUAUUUCCACAGGUCGCCCUCGUUCCGUAUAUGAGUUCUUUCGAAUUUAUCCUAUCUUCGUGGAUUAGCAUCUCGAGGUUCUUUGAUGGGCAUAAAGAAAUCGUCUUGGUAGCAACCACCAAACCAAUAGAACAAGGGGUUAGCUCUGCAGCUGGUCUACAAGCAAGGUAAGUAGGUCCCGGCCAGCUCCGAAAAGACCUGACGAAGUAAUCCCUUAUCUCGAAUCGGAAAUGCUAACGGGGCGGGAAUCUAAGUGGGGGACUGAGCCUGGAGAAUGAUAAAGAAAAAUAAAAUGACUUAUAUAAAAAAGUUCAUCAUUUUUUGCUGCCUUAUGCGUUAAAAAAAAACCAGGUAGCCUUUUUUUCACAAUAAAUAAAUUAAAAUUUCAUGAAAGAGGGCGAGGCCCGCCCCAGAAAUGGGGCGGGGAAAAGGAUGUGGGCAAGUGUGGGUCCUUUUCAUUUCCAUUUUUCUUGAAGGCAGAGAAAGAAAGGAAGUCGACCAUUCAUUGAAUUUUUUGAGCUAUUUUUAAAAUAGUAAUAGUUUCUCGCUAUA